UUCAAAGUUCGACUUCCGGGAUGCGGUUAACUGUAUUAUUUAGUAUUCUGCACAUACUGAACACACAAUGUCUGUCUAACGAGGAUUAGUAAAUAAUGAUGAAAUCCGAUUUUUUUUUAAUUAAACAGUCUUUGUGAGUUUCCCGCGCGGAAGUAGGUCCCCGCAGGGCUGACGUCUUUGCCCGGCUGCUGGUUGAAUAACAACGAGCUAGCUCUAAACCGAGCUUAUAAAACCUCCGAGGAGACGGAGACAACUAUGUCGGUGCAUUAGCUCCGUUAAAUGUUCGCUUUCGACUAACGACAGCUACUAUGUCAGCUUUGUUGUUGCAGCAAAGUGCUGGCGUUUGUCGCAAAUACAGCAGAGGUUUAUUGUGGACGCUGCUGAGGCGAAACUGUCAUGUAUUGGAGAGCAAGCCAUUAUCCAGCCGCGGUGUUCAAAAUGUCCUGUCUAGGUGUGAUCACGUGAGCAAGACGCUUCUUACAAAGUCAGAGCGGACUCUUACAGAUCAGCAGCAACAGAAACUCAUACAGAGUCUUCUCCACAGACCUUUGGGGCUUGGUUUGGCGGGACUUAGAAAAGAGCUAAUUAGGAACAACCUGCUCAGGAACCCUGUUGGUUUGGCAAAUCUACUCGGGGCAACAAAUCUCUUCAGUACAUCUCAGUCUAAUCAAAACAAAGAUAAAAAGAAUGGGCCAAAGGGGAAGACGCCAGAGGAAGAUGAAGAGGAGAAGAAACGUCGUGAACAGGAGGAUCAGAUGUACCGGGAACGCCUGCGAACCCUCUUCAUCAUAGCGCUCAUCAUGAGCCUGCUGAACUCCAUUAACACCAGUGGCGGUAACAUCUCUUGGAACGACUUUGUGAACGAGAUGCUUGCCAAGGGGGAGGUGUCACGUGUGCAGGUCGUUCCCGAGAGUGAUAUUGUGGAAAUAUACCUUCAUCCCGGAGCAGUCAUCUUCGGAAGGCCUAGGCUGGCGCUUAUGUACAGAAUGCAGGUUGCCAACAUUGACAAGUUCGAGGAGAAGCUGAGAGCUGCCGAGGAGGAGCUGAAUAUUGACAGCAAGGACAGAAUACCAGUGUCCUACAAGCGCACUGGAUUUUUUGGGAAUGCAGUCUAUGCUCUGGGCAUGGCUGCGAUCGGUGUGGCGAUUCUGUGGUAUAUCUUUCGACUAGCUGGCAUGGGUGGCAGAGAUGGCGGCUUCAGCGCUUUUAAUCAGCUGAAGAUGGCCAAGUUCACCAUUGUGGAUGGGAAGUCGGGUAAAGGUGUGAGCUUCAAAGAUGUGGCAGGCAUGCAUGAGGCUAAAUUGGAAGUAAAGGAAUUUGUUGACUACCUCAAGAGUCCUGAACGAUACCUCCAGCUUGGCGCCAAGGUUCCCAAGGGUGCAUUGUUGCUUGGCCCUCCAGGAUGUGGGAAGACCCUGCUUGCUAAGGCUGUAGCUACGGAAGCCCAGGUGCCUUUUCUGGCUAUGGCUGGCUCUGAGUUUGUGGAGGUCAUUGGAGGCCUGGGUGCUGCUCGGGUCAGGAGUUUAUUCAAGGAGGCUCGCACUCGAGCACCCUGCAUCGUCUACAUCGAUGAGAUCGAUGCCGUGGGAAAGAAGCGCUCCACCAACAUGUCGGGUUUCUCCAACACUGAGGAGGAGCAGACUCUCAACCAGCUGCUAGUAGAAAUGGAUGGUAUGGGAACAACAGACCAUGUCAUUGUUCUUGCUUCCACUAACAGAGCAGAUAUUUUGGAUAAUGCUCUCAUGAGACCAGGCAGACUGGACAGACACAUCUUUAUAGAUCUACCAACACUGCAGGAGAGGAAGGAGAUCUUUGAGCAGCAUCUGAAGAUCUUGAAGCUGACUCAGCCAGCGAAUUUCUACUCCCUGCGUCUGGCAGAGCUCACCCCAGGCUUCAGUGGUGCAGACAUUGCAAACAUUUGUAACGAAGCUGCCCUGCAUGCCGCCAGAGAAGGGUACAAAUCCAUCGAUACCUUUAACUUUGAGUAUGCGGUGGAGAGAGUUAUAGCAGGAAGUGUAAAGAGGAGUAAGAUCCUGUCUAAAGAGGAGCAGAGGGUCAUUGCCUUCCAUGAGUCUGGACAUGCCUUAGUGGGAUGGCUGCUUGAGCACACAGAAGCAGUUAUGAAGGUUUCCAUUGCUCCACGGACAAACGCAGCUCUGGGAUUUGCCCAGAUCUUACCCCGUGACCAGUACCUCUUCACCAAGGAGCAGCUGUUUGAGCGGAUGUGUAUGGCUCUAGGAGGAAGAGCUGCUGAGGCAAUCACCUUUAACAAGGUUACUACAGGAGCUCAAGAUGACUUGCGCAAGGUGACGCGUGUGGCCUACUCCAUGGUGAAGCAGUACGGCAUGUGCGACAGUGUCGGGCAGGUCUCGUUCCCAGAAACAGAAGAGCAAGGUGCCAUUGGGCGCCGUCCUUUCAGCCAGGGCCUGCAGCAGCAGAUGGACCAUGAGGCUAAGAUAAUGAUAGCCCGUGCGUACAGACAAACGGAGAAGCUGCUCCUGGACAACAGAGACAAACUAACACUGUUGGCCAAUGCGCUGCUUGAGCGUGAAGUCGUGAACUACGAUGACAUUGAAGCCUUGCUGGGUCCACCACCCCACGGGCCCAAGAAGAUGAUCCUCCCACAGAGUUGGGUGGAGGCCGAGAGGGACAAACAAGACACAGGAGAAGACGAGCCUCAGCCGCCUCCGCCCCGCAAGCAGACAGACGAGGACAUGAACCCUCAGCUGGCGUGAUCUUAGAAAUGUACAGUGUAUUUAGUCCCUUCUUUAGUGCUUUAUAUUUCUAACAGUUAGAAGUUUAUAAAACCAUGCACACUUUUGUGCAAAUGAACAUUUACACUUGUCUCCACUUAGCUAAUGUGUGUGAUAAUCUGCAACUUUCAGAAUUCAUGUUUUUUGAGGAAUUCUAUCAUUUUUCUUGUGUGCUUGCUGCCGAGGCAUAUGAAUAUGCAAUGGUAGCAAUAAAAGCAAGUGUUUUUAAACAGGAUUACUCUAAAAAAUACAAAGUGCUAAUGGUUUAGAAAAAGCCUCUGAACAGUAUUUACUUUGUGCACUUAGCAGGUUUAUGCAAACAUAGGUGUUAAUGGCUCCAGUGGAUGUGAUCAUUUUAAUUUAAAAAUAUAAUGAAUCAUUUUCAGGUUUAGCUUCAGAUAUUUCUUUGGAGAAUUUGUGUUAUUUCACAUGGCAGUAAGGAAGCUGCUUGGGCAUUUGUAACUGGAGUUUGUCUUUACUGAAAUAAUCUGUAGGUCACAUGCACAAAAUAUAUUGGCACUGAUGCCUGUGACUGGGGUUUUAAAAACUCAUCAAGGUGUGCAUUAUUCUGUAGUGAGCUGCAGUUAGACCGCUUUGGAAACUUGCAGUGUGAACCUGAAACUGAGGCUGUAAGGAAUAACUGUUCUGAGGAAACCACAUUCUGCAUUUUGUAAAACACCUUUAAAGCUGAGAUUUCAAAAUGCGUGACAUGCUGGUGAUGAAGCAGCAGAUUGUCCACCACACACUUUGGUCCUUCUCUCAUCAUGAAUCAGUAGUUAAGUAGGAGUAGAUUAGA